CUGAGCGCCUAUCUUCCUACGCGUGUUUGGAGGUCUGUAAGGAGGUCUACAUAGAGGAAACGAAAUGAAGUCAGCGAUUGCAGAAAAGGCCUAAAGACGUAGGAGUACGUCAUUAAGAUAAAUUCUUUCUACAAAUUGCGACACCGCAUAGAAGAGAGUUUCUUCCGCCAGCUGCGUCUUCCGAUCCCCCCCCGCUUUUCGUGGAAGCUUGCCCAGCACGGUCCAGGCGUGAGCCCGCGGGAGCGGGCGUGGGCCAGCGGGAGCGGGCGUGAGGCGGCCCAAAGUAGUCAUGGCUGUGGAUCUAGUAGGCCGCAUAUCGUGGGGCUUCAUGUUAAAGCUGCUGGUUCUGGUUCUCGAUCCGGUCCUGUGGCGCACGCUGCCCUCGGCAGCUUUCAUGGAGGUGGAGAUGGUAGGGAGAACUCAGAGCGUGUUCCAGAAUGACAAUGCCACCAUCGACUGCAAGAUCCCUGGUUCCCCACAACUGGACAUCAGAAUUAUGGGUGUUACCUGGUUUAGGAAGAAUCAGGUGAAUGAACCAGAGAGCAAGGUGUUUGAGUUUUUUGGAAACCACCAAGCGGCAUUCCGACCAGGAGCCACUGUGUUUCUAUGGAAGCUGAAGAGGGGGGACGCCUCACUGCAGCUUCCUGGAGUCCAACUAAAGGAAGCAGGACAGUACCGAUGUGAGGUGGUGAUCACCCCUGAGAAGGCACAGGGAACAGUCUGGCUACAGGUUGUAGCUAAGCCAGUCUGCAGUUUGUUUCAGGAUCCAGCCACAGUGAAAAAUAAUGAAGAAAAACAUAUUUUGUGUAAGGCAAGUGGGUUUUACCCAGAGGACAUUAACAUAACGUGGACUAAGCGGACCCCUGAGAAUCCCCAGUAUGUGGAGUUUUCUGAGGGCAUCAGCACUGGUCCACCCGUCAAGAAUGAAGAUGGCACCUAUAAUGUCACUAGCGAUUUGAGCCUGAAGUCCUCUCUGGAACCCAGUGUGACCGUGCAAUGUGAGAUAAAUCACAUUUCCUUGUCUACGUCCGAGAAGCGCAACUUCACGCUGCCUGGGAUAGAUUCUAAGAAGUCACUUAUCUGGAAGAUUGGUCCUGCUCUUCUCUGUGUUGGAGGAAUCUUAAUUGUACUGUUAUGUUUUUUUUGCAAAAGGUCCUGUCGUCGGAGCUGAAUAUUGGACAAGGAUACGUAUUGAAAAAAGAGACUAAAGCCUUCAUGACCUGCCUAGAUUCUGUGAUGGUUUGCAAGGACAGCUCCAAUCCGUCACCCUUCCCUAUAUCCCUUGCCAUGUGACUGCAUUGUCAUCCAAUCAUUGGCUGCCCCUUAACAUUUGGCUCAACCUUGUGACUGCCCUGACCAGUACGAUGAGACGGGGUGGAAGAGCGCCAGUUCUAAGCAUAGGCCUCACGAUGCCUCGUGGAUUUCCAUUUGCUUUCUUUUGUGCGUCUGGUAUUAGUGAGAGGAGAACAUGUGCACGCUAGCCUGCUGGGGGAUAAGAAACACUGGAAGCUAGAGCUAGUUGCUCUAGCAGAGGCGAUCUACAGGAAGUCCUCACUUAAUGUCGUCGAUAGGUUCUGCAACUGGAAGCAAACUGACGUAUAAUUAAACCAAUUUUAUCAUAGGCUAAUUGAUAUAAACAAGAGUUAAGAUCCUACAGCAUUUCAUCAGCAUUAUAAUGAGACGACAUUGAAGGAAACCACAUUAUUUGAGGACCUGCUGUAGAUCAGUACAAUCGCCCAACUCCCAGAGAUGUGACCAAAUUUAGCUGAGCUCAUCAGUGCCAACAGAGCCAACUCUCAAAUGUGUGGGCAGUAAAUACUAAUUUAUUUUAAAGCCACUGCAUUACACAGCCAAAGCUAACUGAUACAUCUCCUCAGGAAGCUGAGUUUUGACCAAAACGUGUGGUUGGUUGCCACGGAGAUGUGCUGCUGAGACGCCCCUCCGAGAGAGCCUGCUAUGAAGAGGGUACUCAGCCAACAUGCUAUCUCAGGGACCUGCUGCACUUUUCAAGCUUAAUGCCAUGCUCUCGUUGCGCAGCUCCAGUCAGUGGCUGAACAAAGCAGGAAUCUUUGGAGCUCCCUGCGGGAGUGGCUUGAGACUUUCUCAGAGUUGCAUUGUACUCUGAGGCUCUUGCUGCCCAGUUCUCACUACUUCCUUCACAGACAUCAGACCUACAUCAUCGUAUGAAGGCUUUUCUCAACUACUUGUGCACCUUCUCCCCUUCAUCUUUCACAGGCCUUAUCCUCAGUAACUCUCGUACUCUAACACCAUCCUGAAAACUGCUUCCCGGAAGACCCAAACGAACACAAGGAGUGACUGAAGAAUUGUAACGGUGCUUUCAUUAUGGUGCAUUCACGGCUUAUUCAGAUGCAGGAAACACUGGGACGCUGCCAGUUCUUACAGAGAGAGACAGCACAAGGUGUCUCAGAGAAUGUGUGAGUAACUUCAAAUUAGUUUUCCUGAUGACCCAGACAGCUUGCUCAAGAGCAGACUAUUCGAGCUGCUCUCCUUGAUAGCCUGCAGCCAAUCAGUCUGCCCAAGAAAAAGAAAAAGCAGCAGUUACCCAGAGAAGAGAUACACAUAGCCAACAGGUACAUGAAAAGGUGCUCACCACCAUUAAUCAUCAGGGAAAUGCAUAUCGAAGCCACAGUGAAACACUACUUCACUCCUGUUCGAAUGCAUAUUAUCAAAAAGACAAGAAAUAAGAAGUAUUGGCAAAGAUAUGGCGAAAAGGGAACCCUUGUGCACGGUUACUGGGAAUGUAAAUUGGUGCAGCCACUAUGAAAAACAGCAUGGAGGUUCCUCACGAGAUUAGAGCUACCGUAUCAUCCAGCCAUUCCAUUUCUAGGUAUUUAUUUGAAGGGAAGGAAGAUACUAACUUGAAAAGAUAUCUGCACCCCCAUCUUCAUUGCAGCAUAUUUAUAAUAACCAAGACAUGGAA